GGGUAGGCUCACGAUCGCAAAUACUCCCUCCUGUUCUGCUCUGCUCUGCUCGGCUCUGCUCUUGUGUUGCUGCUUCGCCCUGCUUGCUCUGCAGUAUAUCGUCUUGGUCUCGCGGAUUCGCGGCCGCCUCGGCGUUGCUUCCUGCUGGUUUCGCUUCGGCGAGACGGCGGCUGGUCGGCAUCGGGGAGGGCCAGGCCAGGCGCGCGGCCGGUGCCGAUGCCGGUGCCGACCUGACAAGGAGGAGGAGGAGGAGGAGUGGCAAUCGAGGUGCCGACCACACCAGCAGAAAGCACCCUCCCAGCCCAGCCAGGAUCGGUAGGUGGUCAGGAGCCCGAAGGAUCAAGGGCUGCUCCGUGUGCGCGCGCUGCCGGCGAUCGGUCGUCGGCUGGUGAUCGAGGCCAAAGCAGGAGCAGGCGAGAGGCCCCAGACCUGGACGGACACCACAAGACACGAGGACGAGGGGAAGCUGCAGGAGGGAGGGAGGGAGGGAGAGGAGGAGGAGCCGGCGGUGAGAGCAACCCGGCGCGGCCUCAAUGGAGGCGCAAGUGGCGGCUCCGCCACACCACCACCAGCAUCAGCAGCAGCAGCAGAAGGCGGCCAACCUUGCGCGCACCUUCACCAAGCUGCUCCGCCGCAAGCGCGCCGAUGCCGUGGCGCAGGGCGGCGGCGCGAACGAGGCGCCCGCGUCCGUGGUUGGGGACGACGGACUCGGGGAGGAGCGGACGGAGCCGACGCCGCCCGCCAUCCCGUCCCUCAGCAAGCUCAAGCUGUCGGGGAACCUCGCCGCUGCCUACUCCUUCGACGCUUUCUUCCGCAACGCAGCCGAGAAGAAGGCGGCGGCGGGAGGGCCCGGAGCGGGAGGGGUUCGGCAGACGGCGGGGGCGGGGGAGGUGACGCCGGAGGCCGCGGCGGACGCGCUGCUGGCCAACCUCUUCGCGGGGGUCUCGGCGGUGAAGGCGGCGUACGCGCAGCUGCAGCUCGCGCAGUUCCCCUACGACGCGGAGGCGAUCCAGUCCGCGGACGCCGCCGUGGUGGCCGAGCUCACCAGGCUCUCCGACACCAAGCGGAGGUACCUCCGGGACCCCGCCGCCGCGGCCCGGGGCGCGGCGGCGGCCGGCCACACCGCGCUCGCCGCGCACGCCGAGGAGCAGCGCCACCUCCUCAAGACGUACCAGAUCACGGCGCGGAAGCUGGAGUCGGACCUCCGCGCCAGGGACGCCGAGGCCGACCGCGCCAGGAGCUCCCUCACCGCCGAGCUCCGCGCCGAGCGCGCCCUGGAGGCGCGUCUCCACCCCGGCCGGACCCUUGCGUCGCUCGACGAGCUCCACCUCUCCGGCCUCAACCCGACCCACUUCCUCACCGCGCUGCGGCACACGGUGAAGUCGAUCCGCUCCUUCGCCAGGUCCAUGCUCAACUCGAUGCAGUCCGCCGGAUGGGAUCUGGGCGCGGCCGCCGCCGCGGUCCACCCGGGCGUCCCGCUCCACCGCGCCGGCGACACCAAGUUCGUCUUCGAGUCGUACGUCGCGAUGAAGAUGUUCGCCAAUUUCCACCGCCGCGACUUCAAUUUCAGCUUCCUGGACGAGCGGGAGUUCUACGACCGCCGCCGCUUCUUCGAGGAGUUCACGGAGCUCAAGGCGGAGCCGGCCAGCGCCUUCCUGGACGUGAGGAACCCGCGGUGGAGCGGCUUCGGCAAGUUCCUGCGCGCAAAGUACCUGUCGCUGGUGCACGCGCGGAUGGAGACGGCCUUCUUCGGCCGCCUGGAGCAGCGCGGCAUCGUCAGCGCCGGGCCCGGGUUCCCGGAGAGCUCGUGGUUCGCCGACUUCGCCGAGAUGGCGCGCCGGGUGUGGCUGCUGCACUGCCUCUUCUUCGCGUUCGACGGCGUCGCCGAGGAGGACGGCGCGUCCAUCUUCCAGGUGCGCACGGGGGCGCGCUUCUCGGAGGUGUACAUGGAGAGCGUCAGCGACGGGCGCGCCGGCGACGACGCUGGGGCCGCCGCGGCCGCCGAGGACCGCGUGGUCGGCUUCACCGUGCUGCCGGGGUUCAGAGUCGGCCGGACACUGAUCCAAUGCCGCGUCUACCUGUCCAAGCCGUCCAAGCCGGUGCGGCGGCCGUAAGACCGAAGAAGAGAAAAGAAAGGGCCGUGCUUGGUUCCGGCGUCCGGCGGAUGAUGGGGGAAGAAUGCCCAUUUUGGGUCGGCCGUCGAGGUCUCCCGCCGGCAGCCGGCCGGGGCGGUUGCCAUGAUGAUGAUGAUGAAGGGUGGCUAUGUAUGUAAAAAAUCUAUCCAGACAUGUAGGGAUGUUCUAAUCCGUAAUAUAAAUGGUACUUUCAGUUCCAGAUGCUGCAUUGCCA